AUGGCCAACUACCUCGCUUCUAUCUUCGGAACCGAGCAAGAUAAGGUUAACUGCUCGUUCUACUACAAAAUUGGUGCCUGCCGUCACGGCGACCGCUGCUCGCGAAAGCAUGUCAAGCCGUCAUACUCGCAGACCAUCCUACUACCGAACCUCUACCAGAACCCGCAAUACGACCCCAAGAAUAAGAUGAACCCCAGCCAGCUGCAGAACCACUUUGAUGCCUUCUAUGAGGACUUUUGGUGUGAGAUGUGCAAGUAUGGUGAGAUUGAAGAGGUAGUGGUGUGCGAGAACAAUAACGACCAUUUGAUUGGAAACGUGUAUGCCAGAUUCAAGUACGAAGACUCUGCGCAGAAGGCCUGCGACGCGCUGAACUCUCGCUGGUAUGCGGCUCGACCGAUAUACUGUGAACUAUCGCCCGUCACCGAUUUCCGAGAAGCGUGUUGCCGACUGAACAGCGGCGAAGGGUGUGUCCGAGGCGGCUUCUGCAAUUUCAUCCACCGCAAGGAGCCCAGCGAGGAACUUGACCGAGAGCUGGAGCUGUCGACAAAAAAAUGGCUGAGACUUCGCGGCCGGGACGAACGGAGCGUAACCCGCAGCCCGAGCCCCGAGCCAACGAGGAAGCGGUACUGA